ACCACUGUGCCCAAAGCCAUGCACAAUUCCCUCUGGGACACCAGGAACAUCUCCUACUCAGGAUGUGCUGCACAGCUCUUUUUCUUUCUCUUCUUUAUCUCAGCCGAGUAUUUCCUCCUGACCACCAUGUGCUACGACCGCUACGUGUCCAUCUGCAAACCCCUGCACUACGGGACCUUCCUGGGCAGCAGAGCUUGUGCCCACAUGGCAGCAGCUGCCUGGGCCAGUGGCUUUCUCAAUGCUCUGCUGCACACAGCGAAUACAUUUUCCCUGCCCCUGUGCCAUGGCAAUGCCCUGGGCCAAUUCUUCUGUGAAAUCCCACACAUCCUCAGGCUCUCCUGCUCACACUCCUACCUCAGGAAAUUUGGGAUUUCUGUUUUCACUUCCUUCUUAGCACUUGGUUGUUUUGUGUUCAUUUUUUUCUCCUAUGUGCAGAUCUUCAGGGCUGUGCUGAGGAUCCCCUCUGAGCAGGGACGACACGCCUUUUCCACCUGCCUCCCUCACCUGGUGGUGCUCUCCCUGUAUGUCAGCACUGCAGUAUUUGCCUACCUGAAGCCCCCCUCCAUCUCCUGGCCAUCCCUGCAAUUCUCAGUCACAGUUCUGUACUCAGUGGUGCCUCCAGCCCUUAACCCCUUCAUUUACAGCCUGAGGAACCAGGAGCUCAAGAAUGCCAUGAAAAAGUUGAUGACUCUAUAUUUUCAGAAGCAUUUAAAUAUUUUCCGCUGCAGAAGCGACCUGGUUCGAAAAAGACACGACGACUUACUUACAGGUCGUUCGGGCCAAUCACUCCCAGACACCAAUAUGGCGGAUGGUGAAGUGGCGUUUAUUUCCUCUUUGCAUGGUCUUAUAUAA